AUGUGCCGUGUGCUGCUGCGUCACGGAGCGAAGCCGGAUUUCGAUCUCGACAGAGUCCCGGGUACGGCCGCGGCCUCCGCUGCAGCAAACACAGGCCCAUGGGGUGGCUCCGCCCUACACCGCGCGGCAGCACUGCUGGGCCGCGGCGCCGCUGCCACCGAUGGCCCCGUCAGGGGCAGGUCCCCCGACCCGAAGCGCCUGGCGGCAACCGUUACAAUCUUGCUGGAAGGCGGAGCAGACCCCUGCCGCGUAAACCGCGCUGGGCUCACGGCACUGGACAUACUUUUGGGCGUCGAGCCUCCGGGUUGCUAUCUGGAUCCGGCUGAUCGGGCUGAUCCGGCUUUCGUUGGCAGCGGCGGUGGCGGUGGCGGCCGUGGGUGCUUCCGCGGCCUGGGGAUGUUCCGGCGACCCGGCAAGGGCGGAGGCAGCCGCGGCAGCGGAUGCUCGCACCGUGCUGCGGCGCUGCGGCGAAUGUUGGCGACGGUGGCGACAGGGUCGACGACGGCUCGAAUCGUCGCUGCAAGCGUGCAGGUGGCACCUUUUCGGGACUGCGAUUGGCGGCUGGUGUGGCUGGUGGUGCUGCCACGUCGCUACGGCGGCGUCUUUGUGCAGCGUGCCGCGGACCCCGACACGGGCGCCAGCAGCCCACGCCGGUGCCCACGCGCCACCUCCGGGGAUCAUGGCCAUACUGCCUGUGGCAGCAAAGAAGUCGACAACUUCGAGCUGCUUGGCCUCUCGUGCGACCCAUGGAGCGGCACUGCAUCUGUGCGGCCUCUGUUGCGCCUGCCACUCAGCACCGGCUUGGACGUGGAGGUCUGCGAUGUCGCCUCCAUGACGGUGCGACUCAUCUUUCCCGCCGGCAGCACGGAGGCCAGAGCGCGGCUGGAGAGGACAUUGCCUCCACAGGCCCUGGCCUGUGCGCGGCGCUGGGACCGUCAAACUGCGCCUCAAACUGUGGACAUAUCCCCUGGCGGCGACGGACCGGGGCUGUCACCGCUGUUGCCUCGACAAGCCGGCUCAGUGACGGCGGCGGCCGCAGCGGAUGCGGUCGUCAUGCCUGUGGCCGUGCACCUUCGGCACCCUGCUGACGCUACAGUUGCUCAGCGAGCUGACUUGAGGGAUUGGCUGGGGCAGCUGGCCCGUGUGUUUGGCAAUCCUGCACGGCCCCCGAAGCUGCUGUCCACACCGGGUAUCGAGUCAGGGCCUACUUCCAGGUCAUCGGGGCUGCAGGCCCUGGGCGGCACCGCGACAGCGACGGCACCGAGCCAGGCGCAGGGCCCGGUGCGUGCGGCGGUAGUGACAGAUGCCGGGGAGGCAGUUGGUGAUGAUGAUGGUGGUGAUGAUGAUGAUGAUGAUGAUGAUGAUCAGCGGCAGCAGCGGCAGGAUACCCGCCUGGGCCUCCAGCCUGUCGCGAAUGCAUCAGCAAAUGGAACGUUGCAAGGUAUGUGGUCGCGCCGUGGUCUGGCUGGGAGUUCGAGUACGUGCACGCCAGGGGGUUUGGCAAGCCGGAGCGGGGCAGUGCACACACAGGAAGCCAAAGAGCGGCUUGCACUGCGAAGUGGCAGAACCUCGUCAUCGUCAUCGACGUUCUCGUCAACGGCGGCGGUAGCGGCGGCGGCGGCGGCGCUGGCAGGCGAUGUGGUUCGUCAGGGGGAUGAUGAAGGUGACGGCCCGGCGAGUGCAGAAGGGCUGGCGGCAGCGGCUGAUUCAGAGAUCCGGCCCGAAGGUGUGCUGGUACCAGGAAAUGACGUACGGUCCCAGGCGCAACAGCGCCGGUCGCGGCUACAGCACCAUCACCAUCAGCAACAGCAACAGCAGGGACGACAACCGCAAGCCCAAUCGGCCGCGAUCGAUCAGUUGAGGCAGCAGCUGCAGCGGCAGCACCCCGGCACACGCUUGCUGUGCCCGUUUUGCCGGCAGCCGGUGGAAGAGGUAUGCAUACCAAACUUCAGGAUGAGCAACAACUACAACUACAACGAUGAGUAG